GGAUAUUAUGUGCUGAUUGGAAAUUUAUGGCAAUGUUAUUGGGAAUUAACAGUCCCUGUUCCAACUAUUUUUGCAUUUGGUGUGAGUGCUUCAAAGCACUUCUCAAAGAUAUGUCCAUUGAAGACUGGCCUAUCAAAAGGUCCAUAGAAAGAUGUUCCGAACUAGCUAACUCUGAUGGUGAGAAAUUCGAUGUUAAACAUGAACCUCUGGUGCCGAUUGAAUUCACAGAUGUAGUCCCCGACACCCUCCACCUUAUGCUAAGAAUAAGAGGAAAACUUCUUAACCAAGUCGCAUGUUGGGCAAUCGAACAAAAAAAGAAAGAUCAGAUGGAGACAGCUAUGCGUGAAAUUGGUAAAUUUGCUAGAGUGAAACUUGAGUUCUAUGAUGUACAAGAUGAGGGUGGAAAGACCACAACAAAAUGGACAUCAUUUGACUAUAUGUGA